GAAAACGGCCUCUGGAAUUGAAAGAGCAAGAGAUGGUGCUGGCAAUACUUCGGGGAGCACGCAGUGGAGUCACAUGCCCGGUGACUCGCAAGGUAACAGUAACCAGAGACCAGCGCUGGGCCGAGAGGAAGUCAGCUUUUCCUGCCGUGCUGGCUAGGUCGGGCGGGCGCGCACGGGUUUGUACCUUUCGCAGCACCGGCCCUCGGCCUCUCUGCGGCCGCCUGCCCCCUUCUUCCUCCUCCCGCCCCCAAGGAAACCCUCUGCCCAGCGCCGCCGAGGGUUACUGCAGCGGCGGAUUCUAGGGUAGCAUGAGCUAAGUUGGCUGUUCUCUGGACAGGCAAAGAAAGGGAGGCAGCUUGUCCUGAAGAUGGUAUGAAGUUUGAAGAGGAUUGUUCUGAGCUUUCCCUUCACCAUGGCAUAUGACCUUCCCCGGGGUCCAGCUGGGGCACCUGGGCCCUCCCUCCCUUCCUCCUCUGAUGAGAGAACUCUUAUACAGGAGGAUACUUCCUGCCUGGAGGGAAGAGGACUUACCAAUGGCCAGCUCCUCAUGGUCCUGAGUACUGACAGUACCUGUGAAGCAGCCUCCUUUAACAUAGAAGUCUCCCAGGAGAAAUUGAAGACCUGGGGGAUCCAGGUGCCAACAGAGAAGUACAGGAGUUUAAUUGAGAACGCCAUCUUAGAUCCCCAAGUGAGAAGAUUCAUGUUCUAUAACUCCAGGCCUUUCCAGCUGGCCAUUGCUGUGGUUUUCUACAUAGCAAUGUGGGCUAAUCUGUAUUCCACCAGCCAGAUGUUUUCUUUGGGAAGACACUGGGCAGCUGUGGUUCUUGUGACCCUAGGCACUGUAUUAGCUACCAUCAUUCUCAUUCUCAUCUUUGACUGGCACCAAAGGAAGGCAAACACGAAUACAGAUCUCCGUCUGGCAGCUGCCAACGAAACCUUGAUGCCGUACCACGUGCUUCUGGGAGUGACUGGUGAGGUGGAGGGCUGCCAGACUGUACUGCAGCUUUGGUUUGUUUACUUCCACUUAGAGAGCUGUCUCCAGUCUUUAUCAGACUGUAUCCGAGAACUGAAGACCAGUCAAGAGUCAAUGCUAAGACAUCGCCUGAACCAGUUCCAAGUGGUUGUGGAGACCGUGGUGAGCCCUGCCCAGGAAGAGGGAGAAGAGAAUGAGAGGCUGGCUGAGGAAUCUCCUCUGCUGCCCAGUGGUGAGACAGAGGCAAGGAAAGGAGUGGUCACACGGAUGGUUCUUCACCACCUCAUUCCAGAGGCUGCACCAGAGGUGAUGGCCCGGCAGAUGCUGGUGGUCUUUGGUGGAUUAUACGUCAGGCUGUUGGUGACCAAUCAGCUCCCUGAGACUACAGUAGCAUCAAGGCAUGCCGAGUCAGUGCAGGGGCCCUGCCCCUGCCAGUUCAUUGAGACUCACAUCCUAGGGGCUGGGUGCUGUUCCCCCUCGGUGAGGUGAUGGCUGCAGAGGCCAGAGUGCUGGUCUGGAGUAAGGACCUGAGGUAUAGAGUCUGCUGCCAAGGAGAGCCCAACUGCAAGCCGCAGACUGGAGGGGCCAUCUGCACCCUUGGACCAUUUGGCGCAGCACCAUUGGGAAGAAGAAGUCUUCAGCCCAGAUAGCAUCCCCUGCACAUCUGCAGAGUCUGUUGAAACAGCUCUUCCAACUGUGAAGUUGAGCACUGUGCUCCAAGCUUGCAAAUGUUUCUGUUGGUGGUUGUGAAAGGGCCCAGCUUCAAGAUUCAUUCUUUGCUUUGUUUAUUCCUAGGCACUAAAGUGAAGGGCCUUCCUCUGAAUUACAUAGGCCCUCUCUGGGUAUCCUAGAGGUGGCCUUGUGCUGACAUUGCCCAUAGGAUAGUGCCUGAGCAUGGUAAAGUGGAAAGAGUUCUGGGUCUGGGAUCAGAGGACUUGGGUUCUUUCACUUAACUUCUUGUGGGACCUUGGGUAUGUUCCUUCAUUUUCUACUGUACAAAAUGAGAGGAUUGAGUUGGAUGAACUCUGAAGUCCUUUCCAACUCUGAUCCUUGUGAGCUGCUCAUCCUGGCAUUCAAGGCCCUCUCUAAGAGGGCCAUAAUCUUUUUUUAUAGCCUUAUCUCCCAUUGCUGCUCCCUUAAACACAGUGCAUUAGCCAAACUGGUCCUCAACACAUGCCUUGCAUUUUUCUAAUUCAAUACCUUUGUUCAUGCCUUUCUCCCCAUUUGGAAUGUCUCCUUUCUCUUUCCCCUCCUCCUCUUUUCACUCUGCACUUUGACACGGAUCAAAAUUCUGCCCUUCUUUCAAAGUGAAGGGGAGGUUUUGCUUUUGGCUCAGAUGGGCUAGUUUCAGUUGGGCUUGACUUGAGUGAGUUCUAGGGGCUUCUCUUGGAGUGAGAAGAUUUCGAAGGUUAGGUUACUGGUUUUGGGGAAUGAGGAUAUAGGAGCAAGAUUGGCCCAGGAGAAUGAGGGCGGGACUGAUACCAACUGCUAAGCUGUGUUCUAGACCCAGCUUUGCUGACUUAGUCUCUUGGAGAUUCAGUUUUCCCUUUGGUGCAGCAGGCAUAUAAUGGCCUGUCUUGCCUGCUAUUGUGGGGAAUCAAAUGAGGGAACGGAUGUGAAAAUGCUCUGAACAUUGUAAAGCACCAGUGGAGUCUUACCUGUGGGAUUCCUGUUGUCAUUUUUUAUUUUCUGUAGUCAGGACUGAGGAGGAAAUGUUUCCAGGGCAACAGGGGAGGGGACACAUUCCCUGUCAGUCAGUAGGCUACACUGAGAAUUCAUUCUGCUGACCUCAUCCUUGGGUUUUGUGUCAAAAAAGAGAGAGAAUUAUUCACAAAGGUAGUAACAUCUGCAUUACUGAUGAGUGCAGGGUGCAGAGAAGAGGUCACACCCAGAUGUCACCCACAGAGAUUUGUGUUUCAAGCCUGCUAUUUGGGACAAAAGACAUGUUAAGUGGCCAAAUGAUCAUUUUUCAAAUUGAAUUUCUCUAUUAAAAGUCUCCUGUGAAACCA